ACAGCCAAAUUUAACCUCGAGAUCGUCCGUCACUCCCACUAGCUCCAAUCAGAUGCACAUAAUCAAUUGAACAUGUUGACGUCCUUGCCACGAUUAAUACCCACCCCAAUCAUUCUAUCCAUUACCAGUACUUGCUUAAGAAGUACGUUUCACAGUAAUACCAUAAUAUCACGUCGAUAUAAAUCAAGCUCCACCUCAAGGCCUCUGCGACCCGCUACCGAUGAUGAUCGAAGGAGAAUCUAUAUUAUGGGGUUGAGUGUUUAAGCAAAGUUCUUAGCACAUGCUCUAGCAUCUUUACCGAACCCUCCACCAAUCACCUUUCUUAUAUUUACACUUGAGCCGCUUAGCGAAUUCGAACAUCAAGGUGGCAAGCUUACGAUGAGAUAUCAAGCCAGGAACUUUGAAAAAAGCGUGAUUUCUGGAGUAGGGUAUGGAAUUCGUUCCGAGCGUAUUCUCGGAUAUUUCACAGGGUAAAGGAGGCAUGAGGAGUGUAUUGACAUCUGGGGUACGACUCGUCAUCACACUUGACCCACUAGACGAACAAGAUCGAAAAUACCUCGAGAAUUCACCAGAUCGGAUUGAAUCCGAUGUGCAUGACGGUGGAAGUUCUUCCAAUCAAUCUCUCCAAAAUCCAGAUUAUAAGAGAAAACUUCGAAGAUUACUUUUAGAUGAAAUCGAAAUGCGAUCCAUCUACAAUUUAAUAUGUUUGGUUAGAGAUCAUCUAUUACUAAAACUUGUUGAAAAAAUUACCUAUCGGUUGACCCAAGAUUCUACUAUCAUGAUUGGAUCUCGCAGUACUGGUCUGAUGGAGGAGUUGACGAAGAGUUUCUCUAGAGAAGCAUGUCCACCAAUUUUCUUCACUAUGUCUCUUAGACUACCACUAGCGAACCUCCCCGAUAAUUGGCAUAACAUAUCUUCUGUUGCAUUUCCCAUACGAGGUGAGCGUGUAAACUUUAUUCAAUACCAGAAAGACUCCACGGCAGGCUCUGAAAUUGAUUCAAACUCCGAAGAGGAAAGCCAUUCCACAAAGCAAUACACCACGAUGGUUGGGUCUUUCAUGAAAAAGGGUGCUGGACUUCAUUACACUGACUACCCUGUGGUGUCAGCCAGCAGAAAUUCAAGUCGACCUGCAGCUCGCCGACAGAACUUUUCCCAUUAUAUGUUGCAAAUACUCGGAAAUGCCAUCAACAAUCAAUCGCUUGGAGUUUAUAGUCACGCAUGGAACGAUCAUCAUACUCGCCUAGAUAAAUUGGAAUCGAUGAUACCUUUUGAAGUGUUACUGUUAGCCUCAAUUAAAUUUGGGUGCCAAUGGACUGAAUUGUUUGAAACAAAGGAACGGCAGACACUGAUCAUCAAGCUAAUGUUGGAAGCAUUCAAUGCCACUAAGCAAGACUUACCAAUAGGUGUUGAUCUUAAUGUACUAGCAAAGUGCAUAUCGGAUUAUUACCAAAAUUUAAACGCCGGAUCGUUUCUAUCCGCCCUCAUAGAUAUCGCAAAUGGCCAUACGGAAUUGUAUGACGUGCUGUGGGUUAUAACCCGAGGUAGGCGAUCAACACCACCAGUGUACUGCCCAGAACACGAAAGAAUUGUGCAACUCGCCAAGGAUAGAGCGAAGGAGCAUAAACGACGUAACACAGAGCGUCUAGAGAAAAAAUACGCAGAUAGAGUCCAGGAACGACGCAAUGCAAAGAUCGGAAUUUGAGAUCUUCACGUUAACACACAUGAACCAUCAGGUGAUUGGAGAGGUUGAGUAAACUUGGGUACAAGAGACAGAAAAAGGAGAGGCGUAUCAAAGAGAGCCUUGGAAAACAAGAAAUGCCUGUUGACUACACUACCCCAUAGAUCCAAAAGUUAGGAUCUUCGGAACAAAACACUGUCUUAGAGUGACAAUAGCGAUAUGUCCUCCCUCAGAAAAUCACGUUAAAACUCUUGAUUUCCAUUAGGGCUAGACACCUGUAUCCUACUCCGUACAGGUUUUGUAGAAUGGUUACUUGGAAAUAUCGGUGGGUGUUAACAGGAUAGCUUUUCGACAGGGAUCAUCCCUCCCAGGUUACCCCAGAUAUACCCUACCCUUUACCCAGCUCUGAUUUCCAUAAAC